AUGGCCUUCAGAGUCUUGAAAAUUAUUCUGAUUUGUGUGCUGCUGGUGGUCAGCGUUGUGUGUAGCUUGGUUCCUAUAGUUCUGCGUUGCGUCGCGUCGCGCGCGCGGUCGAUACGCGUUCGAAAUGCACUCAGAACCGUAAUGGGAUUGGCAUCGUGUUACGGAGGAGGCGUUUUCCUGGCUACCGGCCUGCUGGACUUGUUGCCGGAUACCAGAGAAGAGAUAGGCGAGGGGUUAAAAAUCGCCGGCUACCGCAAUGUCGAGUUUCCGUUAGCGGAGUUUUUCGUUGUCAUGGGUUUCUGCGUGGUGCUGUGUACCGAACAGAUUAUUUUGCACUUCAGAUAUGUCUUGGAAGUGACCAGGGUGCAGUUGUCUUCGUCUUCGUCGUCCAUUGUUGCCGCCGAUGACCAAUGUCCACCUCUGUCCGAAUCACAGUCGUCCUUAUUUCACAAACCGAGGCCAACCUCGUCGUCUCUGCUGCGCGUUGGUCUACUCGUUGUGUCCUUGUCUCUUCACGCGCUUUUCGAGGGAUUGGCUCUCGGCCUUGUCACUCAGUACUCUCUGGCACUGCAGAUAUUUGCCGCGUUGUGCAUACACAAGGGAAUCAUAUCCGUCAGCCUCGGUCUGAACCUGGCUAGCUGUCAGGUGACCACCGUCCUGUACGUCACCUGCUGCUUAUGCUUCGCGCUGUCUGGCGCCGUCGGCGGCUUCAUCGGCGUGACAGUAGUCGACGCGGUGCGCAGUUCGGCCAGCAGACUCGUUAGCGGCUUUUUGCAGGGCACAGCCUGUGGUACGUUCUUUUACAUCGUCGCCUUCGAGAUUCUGCCCCAUGAGUUGGAAGAAGACCAACGUCAGAAACUGCCGAAGUUAAUAUUUUUCAUUCUUGGACUCAGCACCAUCUGUCUUAUUCUACGCGUCGGUGAUUGUUACCACUUCCACUUGGACUGGUAUACUUCUCAAGCUUUUGCUGCAUGGUUCAGAGCCUACAGGCUCAGCUAUACAUCGUCUUGA